AUGGCAUCUUUUCAUAUUGGAAAAUCUGAAAUCUCCAGCCGAAGGCCAGUUACUCAGAAUAAGAAUUAUAUUUUAAAGAAAGUAGCCUGUGUUGGUUCUGCCCUAUCACACAAUAAAUUGUAUUUACAGAGUGCUCUCUUCAAUUUCCAAAGUCUGCUGUCGGUAAUUUUAUUGAUGAUUUGCACCUGUGCGUAUCUACGCUCUCUAUUCCCCAGUAUCAUUGACCGUAACAAGACCGGGCUAUUGGGUGUUUUCUGGAAACUGGCACGGAUAGGUGAACGAAAAUCACCAUACGUGGCGGUGGCGUGUAUUAUCAUGGCAGCAUCGCUGCUAUUUUGGACGUGAUUGAUAUUUUGUG